GUCUGAAAGUGUCUUCAUUUAACCCCUAAACUACUUUUUCCUUUCAAUUCAACUUUCUGUCAUGGCUGCGGUCUUGAGAUGGCUGUGGAGAUACCGAAAUUACCUUGUCAUUUACCUCACUCCCUUGAUCAUCCUAGCAUUACCACUGUAUUACUCUGGUACAGAAUACUCUUCGGAAGCCAAAUGUGGCUAUGCCAUCAUCCUAAUGGCCCUGUACUGGUGUACAGAGUGUAUCCCAUUGGCCGUUACUGCUCUGCUUCCUGUUGUGCUCUAUCCCAUGAUGGGCAUCAUGGAAUCUGGAGAGGUUUGUAUCCAGUACCUUAAAGACUCCAAUAUGCUGUUCAUCGGUGGCUUGCUGGUGGCUAUUGCUGUGGAACAUUGGAACCUUCACAAACGCAUUGCCUUGAGAGUUCUACUCUUGGUGGGAGUCAAGCCAGCUCUGUUAAUGAUGGGCUUUAUGAUCACCACAGCCUUCCUCUCCAUGUGGAUCAGCAACACGGCUUCCACGGCAAUGAUGCUGCCCAUCGCUCACGCUGUGCUCCAGCAGCUCAGCAAAACGGAAGCUGAAGCUGAUGAGAAGGAAGAGGAACGUAAGGGUCGGGACAACCAGGCUUUUGAAAUGGCUGAAACCAAGGAAGGGACUGUCAAAGCAGGCAUGGCGGAGGAGAGGAAUCUUGAGCAUGGGAAGAGCACGGCUGAAUUAAAGAGAUGGGCACGAGAGCAGAAAUAUCUUAAACUCUCAAAAGGGAUGAGCCUCAGUGUGUGCUACGCCGCCAGCAUCGGGGGCACUGCCACCCUUACUGGGACCACUCCGAACCUCAUCCUCAAGGGCCAAAUGGAUGAGAUGUUUCCUGGGAACAAUGGUAUAAUUAACUUUGCGAGCUGGUUUGGUUUUUCCUUUCCAAACAUGGUUCUAAUGCUUGCCAUCUCAUGGCUCUGGCUGCAGUUCAUGUACUUGGGUUUCAACAUGAAGAAAUCUUUUGGCUGCGGGUCAAAAAAAGUUGACGACCGGGAGGCCUACCAGGUGAUGAAAAACGAAUACAAGAAGUUGGGCUCCAUGAGCUUUGCAGAGGCUGCUGUACUGGUGAUUUUUGUGCUUCUGGUGCUACUGUGGUUCACGAGAGAACCUGGUUUCAUGCCUGGUUGGGCAACAGUUCUCUUCAACAAAGAGGGGCCGUUUGUAACCGAUGGCACAAUAGCCAUUUUAAUGUCCUCCUUGUUCUUUAUCAUCCCUUCCGAAGUGCCAAGAUUCUGGAGACAUCAAAGCAAUGCUGACCCAAACGAUGAGAACCAGAGGAGCAACAGUAAGAAGGCCCCUUCAACUUUGUUGAACUGGGAUGUGGUCCACGAAAAGAUGCCCUGGAACAUCAUUAUCCUGUUGGGAGGGGGUUUUGCCCUGGCCAAGGGCAGCGAGACUUCUGGACUCUCUCUGUGGCUCGGAGAAAAUUUAGAGCCUCUGAAGGAUAUUCCACCUUUUGCCAUCUCCUUCGUGCUAUGCCUUUUGGUGGCCAUGUUCACGGAAUGUUCCAGUAACACUGCCACAACCACUCUCUUCUUACCAAUUCUGGCCUCCAUGGCCAUUGCCAUAAAGUUGCAUCCUCUGUACGUCAUGCUGCCCUGCACCGUGUGUGCCUCCCUGGCCUUCAUGCUGCCCGUCGCCACACCACCAAAUGCCAUCGCUUUCUCCUAUGGGAAUCUCAAAGUCAUGGACAUGGCGAAGGCAGGAUUCAUGUUGAACAUUUUUGGCGUUUUGUGCAUCAACUUUGCCCUAAACACUUGGGGUAUGGCAUUGUUUAAGCUGGAUGUGUUUCCUGACUGGGCUAACACGACUAUUACACCAACGGCUAACCCCUGAACCUCUGCGUCUUUGCACAGCCUGAGUGAGUGAUGGAGAGAGGGCAAAAAGACUGUGCCGAAAUGCAGAGAUAAAUCUAGCAGUGAGGUGAAGCAGUAACUGUUUACUUUAGGGGACUGCCAUACACUCCAACCUGUCACCCCAGUUCCAUGUUAAAAACCUCCAGCCAGCCAAGGUGCCGUGUAGUUUGCGCUUUGUCCCAUCUUCCCUCCCAAAAGUGGAGGUGGAGGGUAAACGCACAUGUGUAUAGCCAGGCUGGUUUACUGUAAUAACUCUAAAUUAUAUUAUUAUAGUAUGGUUUGACAAAUAAUUUUUAUACACAAACAGACAAAUAUCUGAUCCAUUUUUGGAUUAAAAAAAUUCUGUUUGAAGUGGAGUAAUAGUAAAAGAUACAACUAUUUAGAAGCCUGUAGAUUUGUUUUGUACUGAUUAUUGUUGUAUUAUAAUUUAUGCAGUUUCUUAAGUACAAAUGACCUAGACCUUGAACAGGCAGCAUCCAGUUUUCAUAAUCUUUCUUGCUGUCAGUAUUGUGAAAAGAAUUUUGUAUAUCACUUAUACUGUUAUAAAUUAACGCACAUGAAAAAACAAACAAACAAACAAACUGACGACUGGAAGAACACCAGAAGACAUGCCAAAUAAACAAAUUUUGUGUACUCA